GGCGCAUGGUUUAAUGCCCCAGAACUACAUUUCCCAGAAGGCCAUGCUACACACUCGCAGGGAGUCCGGACGUCAGGGCUAUCCUCUGGUGUCCCGAGGCCCUCUGGGAAAUGGAGUGCGCUGUCUCCGUGGUACAGCGGAUCCGGGGAACUGUAGUUCGCGUCCGGUCCGCGCAGGCGCACUCGCCCACGGCGGACGCCGGGCUGCUCCUUUGUGGUGGUCGUUGUCCUUUUGUGGGCGGCAGGUUGGCGCUCUCCCGUGUCCGUCCGUCUGCCGGUCUGACUGUCCAUCUGCCCCGGGGUCCGUCUGCCGGCCCGCUCCGCGCCCACUGUCUCCGGGUGGCCGAGCCCCAGGAGGAGCGAGGCGCGGCGAUGGGGAGUGAGCGCAGCCCGUGCUGCGGGGCCCCCGCUAAGCUGGCCAGGCCGCGACCUGUGUGACCGUGUGACCGUGCGGCCGGGAGUGCGUGCGCGGCCCCCCGAGGCCCCUUCCAGGCCGCUGUCCCUGAGCCCCCGGAGCAGGACCCGCUCCCCUGGGCCUGGCCUGGGGCCCAGGUGGCUGCAGAGCUGCCCACGCGUCCGGGGGACGCUACCAAGGGCCGCUAUGGAGACCCCUGCCCCGAAGCCCCCGGAGACAGCUCUGUCCUCGCGGGACCUUGCUCUUCUGAAAGAUAAUCCAGAGGAUAAAUGGGGUGAGGGUCCCCUGGAAACCAGCUCCGAGGAAUCGGUGACUUUCAAGGAUGUGGCCGUGGACUUCACCCAGGAGGAGUGGGGCCAGCUGGACUCGCCCCAGCGGGCCCUGUACCGGGACGUGAUGCUGGAGAACUACCAGAACCUUCUGGCCCUGGCAGGGCCUCCGGUCCGUAAGCCAGCCGUGAUCUGCCAUCUGGAACGAGGCGAGGAGCCGUGGCAGGUGCCCGGAGCCCUGGCGGGGGCUCGUCCAGAGCGGGAGCCCCGGCCGGAGGUGAAGGCGCCGUGUCAGCAGCAGGGUAUCCACGGGGCAGAGACGGCACCGGAGUCGGCGGUGGAGGGGCCGGUGAGGCCCUGUCUCCACGGCCGCGGCCCAGGUGCUGGCGGGGCCUGGGGGGGCCCGGGGGCUGCUCUGUCCGGAGGGGAGGCUGUGCUCCAGAGGAGCGCGCCCCCUGGCGGCGGGGAGGUCUCCGCGGAGGAGCGCCGGUGUGGACACGAGGCGUCUGCGGGGGCACUGCCCCUCCGGUGCCCUCUCCCCGCCCAGCAGAGCACGGGAACUCUCAGAACUCCUCACGGGCACCUCGAGAAGUGCCGGCCCCCUGAGGCUGCCCCCCGGCACCAGGGGCCGCCCCCCAGCCCGGGGAGAGGGGGCUGCGCGGCCAGCGAGCACGGGCCGCCCCCCGCCCGCAGGCCCCCUGGGCCCGGGGAGGGCCUCUUCGCGUGCGGCCAGUGCGGCAAGGCCUUCGGCCAGCGCUCCGCCCUCGCCCUGCACCAGCGCUGGCACGGCCGGGAGAAGGCCUACCGCUGCGGCGAGUGCGGCAAGGCCUUCACCUGGAGGACCAACCUGGCCGAGCACCAGCGCAUCCACACCGGCGAGAAGCCCUUCCUCUGCGGCGAGUGCGGCAAGGCCUUCAGCUGCCACUCGUCGCUGAACGUGCACCUGCGCACGCACACGGGCGAGCGGCCCUACCAGUGCCCGGGCUGCGACAAGGCCUUCAGCUGCAGCUCGCUGCUCAGCAUGCACCGCCGCGUGCACACGGGCGAGAAGCCCUACCGCUGCGGCGAGUGCGGCAAGGCCUUCAACCAGCGGACGCACCUCACCCGCCACCUCCGCAUCCACACGGGCGAGAAGCCCUACAAGUGCGGCGCCUGCGGCAGGGCCUUCGCCUGCCACUCGUCCCUGACGGUGCACGAGAGGACCCACAGCGGCGACAGGCCCUUCAAGUGCGGCGACUGCGCCAAGGCCUUCAACUGCCGCUCGCGCCUCGCGCUGCACCAGCGCGUCCACACGGGCGAGAAGCCCUUCAAGUGCGGCGACUGCGGCAAGGCCUUCAUCUGCCACUCGUACCUGGCGGUGCACCAGCGCGUGCACAGCGGCGAGAGGCCCUUCAAGUGCAACGAGUGCGGCAAGGCCUUCGGCUCCCACUCCUACCUCAUCGUGCACCGGCGCGUGCACACGGGCGAGAAGCCCUUCGACUGCAGCCGCUGCUGGAAGGCCUUCAGCUGCCAGUCGUCCCUCAUCGUGCACCAGCGCGUGCACACCGGGGAGAAGCCCUACAAGUGCGGCCAGUGCGGCCGGGCCUUCAGCCAGAACCACUGCCUCGUCAAGCACCAGAAGACGCACGCCGCGGACAGGCCGGAGUUCAAGUGCGCCGAGUGCGGCCAGGCGUUCGGCUGGAGCAGCCACCUGGCCGCGCACCAGCGGGCGCACCGCGCAGAGCAGCCCUUUGCCGGCCCGUUCGACCAGCGUCUGCUGGGCACCUACGGUGUGGGCGUGAGCGGCUCGGACCCCGUAAACCCGCUGGCCGUGGCCGAGCUGCUGCGUGUGGUGCAGCCCUCGGCCGGCAGGAGCCUCCCGCUGGGCAGCAAACCCGGAGAUUAGCACGGCUGGUUGUCGUCCGGCAGCUCCCCCGGGCGUUGAUGUCCCGGGGUCUCCGCUGAUGGGUGUCCACCUGGCCAGGGGUCCAUCUUUCCUGCAGAUAAAAGGUCUGUCAAUCAUGUCCUCCUGGCAUGACGUAGAGCAAGAAUUUCAUCUGUGAACUAUAAUAUUUAGAAUAAUAUGAAGACUUUUUUAAAACCAGAAUUAUGAACAGUUUUGCCUCCAAGCAAACCUUAUGGUAUUGGUGGCGAGAAUGAUCUCAGAGGCGGGAGUUUGGGGAAAAGCGGAUUUGCUGGACUCACCUCCUGAGGGGCUCCACCGCCAAGUCCGCUGCCUGAGGCCGCACCCCUGUCCCAGCUGCACAGUCACCAUCGGACGUGCGGCCUCACCCCGGCCGCCGAGCCGUGCUGGCAGCGGAGCACAGGCGGUGCCGCUGUGUCCGGGAGGGUGGGUGAGGAUGUGCCUAGAAGUGCACCUUCCCCGAGGCUGGGGCUGCCUGCGGGGCCUCCCCUCACCAUGGAGCCCAGCUCGUCCGUGCAGCCCUGAGGGAGGAGCCCGCCCCAGACCAUCUCCGUGCUCCCUGCAGGGACAGGAGGACACGGUUCACCUGGAAUUAACGUUCUUCCUCCUCAGUCUAAGCAAGUUCAAGAUGCCUUCUCAGUGGUAAUACCUGACUUUUGUAUAGAGCACUAUAGUUUAUGAAAUGCUUUUUCUUAGACUUUCUAAAUUACGGAGGCAAGAUAACCACAUUUCAGAGAAUGUGGAAUAAAUGAGAGAAAACCCAUAAUUCUUAAUAAAGCUGCCUUUCGCACUUUGA